AUGGCCGCUAUCCCCCCGGAAUCACCGAAAAGCGACUCUCAAGGCGGACCGUUCUGGGACAUAGUCGGCAGAUACAUCGGGCUUUUAGUGUUCUUCAUCUUGGUCAAGACCUCUUGCUCCCUGUAUCUGUACUCAGUGGUUUUCAGUGCGGUCGGCCCGACACAUCGAAACCUGCAAUAUUUUCUCACAACCUUCACGUAUUUCUUCGGCAUCUUAUCCGUUUGGUCGUAUUGGCGGACCCACCGUGAGCUCCCUUCGAAAAUCCCAGACCGCUACUAUUUCACUGGGGCGGAAUGGCGCAUCAUCGAAGCUCUAAGAUACGACCAUCAGGCUCUAUCGGAAGAACUCGCAGUCAUGGCCGACGCGCGUGGCAUCCGGACUCGAACGCCGGAUGGCCUCGUGAACGCCUGCAAUACGUGUCGUGUCAUCAAACCGGAACGAACGCAUCACUGUAGCGUUUGUAGAAUGUGCGUCAUCAAAAUGGAUCAUCACUGCCCGUGGUUCGGAAACUGCAUCCACUAUCACAAUUUCAAGUAUUUUCUCCAGGCUCUGCUGUACUCCACUCUCGGGAUGACUUUCAUGCUUCUUACGGCCGCUAUCUAUUUGUUAGUUUCGGAUAAUGGAAUGAAACGGAUGAAGGCGGCGGACGGAGCUGUGCUGGGUUUCGUUGUGCUCGUCCUCCUGAGUUUCUGUGUUGGCGUCCCCACUGGCGGAUUUUUCGUGGCGUCCUUUUAUCAUGCAAUGCACAACGUCACCACGUUAGAGGAUCUGAAGGGGACGGUGUACUUCGCGGAUGGUGCUGAGGAAUCCUACAAUUUGGGCUCGUGUUGUCUAAAUCUGAAGCAACAGCUCGGGCCCGUCUUCCUCGCUUGGCUCAUUCCCGUGAAUAGUACCCCUGGUGAUGGCACCCAGUAUCUGGUGCGCUCCGAUGUGGACACAGCUAAAUCGAAGAGACGAAAAUUGACGGACAAGAAAGCGAUUGAUCACACUUUCAGCGGGACGACAAGCUAG